AUGAAACCGCCGACUUUCUUGGGUGGUAUUGAACUCUUAAAGGCAGAAACAUGGUUACUCGAAAUGGAGAAACUGUUUGAAGUAUUUCCUUGUUCCGAGACACAAAAAGUUCUUUUGGCCACCUACACUUUAAAAGAUGAAGCUCGGAGAUGGUGGUUAUUGAUCCGAACAAAUAAUAGGAACAUGACAUGGAUUCAAUUUAAUGAGAUCUUCUACGACAAGUACUUUCCCCAAUGCUUCAGAAAUCGGAAAGUGUUAGAAUUUCAAGAACUUAUGCAAGCCAGGAUAUCUAUAGCCAAGUAUGAGGCUAAAUUCAUUGAGUUAGCCUGGUUUGCUCCAUACAUAGUGGAUACUGAUUACAAAAAGGCACGGAAGUUCGAAGGCGGUUUGGAUCUGGAAAUGUUUGAUCGAGUAGGCGUUUUAAAGUUGCCUACAUACAUGGAGGUACUUGAUAGAGCAUUGAUGGCAGAGGCCAUUCUGGCAGCAAAGAAACAAGUUCCAGCUCCAACAACAGAAUUGAGAGGUAAAAAACCUGGAUCUAAUUUUCGGAAAGGUCGUUCAUCGUUUACAAACAAAAAGCAAAAUAUUGGGUCAUCAAGCAUUUCAAGACAAAGCAAUGGAUCCAUGUCAGUCUGUUCUAAGUGUGGAAAGAAACAUAAAGGCAUGCACUACCGUGUAUCUGGUAUUUGUUUUCUGUGUGGCAAGACUGGCCACAUGAUUCGAGAUUACCUGUUGAGAUUUGAUAAUGCUAAUUGUCCUACAACAAGUUCAGCCGGAUCUGCUCCUGCAAUGAGGACCAAUGCAAGAACUAACGCCAGGGGCAAUACCGAGAAUGAAACGCUAAGGCAAGGAAGAGUGUUCGUACUAAUGCCUGGGUAUGUACAAAAUACUAAAUCUGUGGUGUUAGGUAUAAUCCCUAUCUAUGCUCAGAAUGCCUAUGUGUUGAUAGAUUCUGGUUCCACACAUUCAUUUAUAUCGUAUGCUUUUUCUCGGAAAUUAACUAGACCAUUAGAACUUAUGAAUUGUUUACUAGCUGUGUCUACACCAUCUAGAGGUUCUAUGAUAUGUGCUUAUGUAUACCCGACAUGUGAAAUUAUGACUAGUGAUAAGAUAUUGUAUGUUGAUUUGCUGCCUUUGAGAAUUUAUUAUUUUGAUUGUAUUCUGGGUAUGGAUUGGUUAACAAAAUACUAUGCCACCAUCGAUUGUGUGAGUAAAUUUGGCAUAUUUAGACCACUUGGUAUGCCUAAAUUUGUAUUCGUUGGGAAUGAGAUAAUUCCUCCACUGUAUUUGAUUUCUUUUGUGAAAGGCAAAAUGUUUUUAAGAAAACGGUGUCGGGGCUACUUAUGUUGCGUUUUGAAUGUGACCUCUGAUAGUUCUACUGUUGAGAACAUCCCCAUAAUAAAUGAAUUUUCUGAUGUAUUUCCAAAUGAAUUGCUCGGAGACUUAAUUGAUAGGGAAAUCGAGUUUACUAUCGAUGUUAUACCCGGGACACAACCGAUUUCUAAAACCCCAUACAAAAUGUCCACUUCUGAAUUGAAAGAAUUGAAAACUAAACUCCAGGAUUUGGAAGAGCAUAAGAAUCAUUUGAGAACUGCUUUACAGAUUUUAAGAGAAAAUAAAUUGUAUGCAAAGUUAUCCAAAUGUGAAUCCUGGCUUGACAAUGUAGCAUUUCUAGGGCAUGUAAUCAACAAGGAGGGGAAGGCAUAUACCAUUGCAGAUGCAGUAAGCCGAAAAUCUAUGAGGAAUUUGUCAUGUCUGCUCACUGGUCAGAUAGAGUUGUUAUGUGACUUGGAGAAGAAUGAGAUUGAAGUUGUACUAAAUGUAUUGGAGAUUUUGUGGCAAGAUGCCUACAUUGCCAAAAAGUUAAAGACGAACAUCAACGAUCUGCUGUUGGUUGACAUUUAUAUGAACGAGAUUGUGAGGUUGCAUGGUGUCCCAAUAUCCAUUAUAUCUGACAGAGAUUCGAAGUUCACGUCAAGAUUUUGGCAGAGUUUGCAACAGGCUUUGAAGACUAAACUGCGAUUGAGUAGUGCCAACCACCGACAGACAAAUGGCCAAUCUGAACGAACCAAUCAUAUUUUGGAAGAUAUGCUCAGGAUGUGUGUGUUGAACUUCCAAGAGAAUUGA